GUUUUGUGAUUAUGGAUUGGUGCCACUGCCUUCCAGGUGCAGGCAUGUUUCUACUAUUUACUACAUGGGUAUAUGAUACAAUUAUUGUUUACAAAGUUUAACCAAUUUUUACUUUAGUUUUGUAAUAAUUGCAUUACGAUACAGGGACCAACUUUCCGUCUGUCUCUCUAUUUCGAGUCAUAGUUCUUUUUAUGUUGUUGGUGGUAGUAUCUCUGGUGGUAGUUGACAGACGUCAAGUUCACGUGGUGUCUUUCUCGAGUUCCGUGUUUUGGUCCAUUUUGGUGUUUCUAAUAUGGCGGAUAUGUCAUUAGUGCAUUUCGAUAGCAUGCCUGAUUCUGACGAAGGUUUUGAUCAGGAUGACCCGCCAACGCUCAGCAUUGAAGAUGAUCUGCGACUUCCUCCCUUGCAGCGAGUUCAGAUGUUCGCUCAGUCAGCCUCGAUAGUGGAAAGAGAUAAGUGUAGCCCGACGCGACACAGCGUGAAUCGUGAGGGAUCAAGGGCGGGCACCGGCGGUGGUGGACCGUCCAUAACGGGCUGGGGGGAGCGGGGGUGGACUGAGUGUGGGGCGGCAACCGCUCUUGCUACGGCUCCGGCUGCUGGAAUGCGGCGACCGAGGCCGUCAACUGCCAGAACGGUGCCCCGCGUUCGUACACAAACGACAGCAGGCACCAAGAUGUGUGUUGCUCUUGCUGUAUCCUAUACUGAGAGCAGGCUUAAUAAAAAAUGA